GCGGUUACCGCUUCCUGUUCAUAUUAUUGGUUACUGUUCUUGACAUAUGCCUAAUACCACCAUAAACUGAAAAGAUAGCAUUUAACGCUGUCAGUGUUUAGUUAGAGAAAGAGAGAGGGUGAAUUUAUUACCGCCUCAGACUGAGAGCAACAUGAAUUGGGUCGGAGGAUCCCGGAGCAGGUAUGUGAAAAACAAAGAAGACUCAAUAAAACAGAGAGCAUUUUUUCAAAAGCAAAGGAUGAAGAGAAAGUCAAAUAUUAUGGACUCAACCCAAGGACAAAACUCUGGCAAUAUGGAUCUGCUGACAUUAUUCAUAGUCAACCAGAUUGCGUCAAAGAAAGAGCAAACCGGCAAACCAAAAAUAAACCGUUUGAUUGGUGCAAAAAGAACCAAAAAAGCUUUGAACGAACCCUUAGAGUUACCAAUGAGCCCUUGCUCUCCUUCAAAGCUGAACCUAGUCGCCAGUCAGCCACAGUACAGUGUAGACACACCUGGUUUCAAAAUCAGAAAACAUCGCCUUUCUGAAGAAUUUAAGUUCAAGCCACUGUCUCCUGUGCUUGAAUCUAACCUGUCCGAUAUCAGUGGCUCAGAAAAUCAACAGCAACCAUCCUCAACUUCUGCUGACUCCUCAGAUCCAAUCCAACCGAAACCCACACCACAUGUACCCUCCCCCCUGCCAUCCAGGGACAAUCCUGAUAAUAUGAAGAAGAAUACUCCUCAGUAUGUGUCAUUCUCUCAACCAGCAAAGCUGAAUAAUCCAUGGAAAGUUGCAUCUAAUGAAGCUCCUGAUCAAGAUCCGCCACACAAUAGCUUAGUGGUUGGAACUCAGUUUGAGAGCACACUACCAAACCCAGAGAUGGGAGAGCAUUCAGUGACCUCAGUUUUGUAUCCACUGAGCAGUGAACAACCGGAGGAGCCACUGUUCAUAGAUUUCAAGAGCAUAGAUUGUGAAGUGCUUGCCUCAAUGAGUUCUUGUGACAGAUCACAAAACAUGGACAAUGAUGGCCACUUUUCAACACAGGAAUUUGUAUCUACCAACUGCAACACAUGUGCUGACGGUAGAAAUGUCUUUGUGCAUGUUUGUGAAUCUCCCAGAAGAGUUUAUCUCGGCCAAGAGGACGUAAGACAAAAACUGUACUCCUGUAAUUUGAAUAAUCUUAAUCACCAUAACAAUGAAAAUGGAUUCUAUAAUCUCUGCUGGUAUAUGGUGCAUGAAAAACGUAAUGAACACACUGAAUGUAAUGAAAAUGACCAGCUUUGUUCCUUAAAGUAUUUCAGUGAAUACAUAUUUCAUUUGAUUCACUGAAAAGAUUAGUUUAUAUAUGUAGUCUCUACAUUGUUAAAAUAAUAGUUAGAUAAUGUUUUUGCUUUGUUAACCUAUUAACCUAUCAACCAUAAGUGUUUUUUUUUUUUUUUUUGGAUGAAAUAUGACUUGGACAUGUUUUUGUGAAAUUUACCCAUCAAAUUAUUUCUUUAUGACCAUGAAAUUCUCUCUUAAUGGACAGGAAGAAAACAUUGACUUGCACCAUGCUGAAGAUUCUUUCAUGGCAAAGCACUGUUGCUUAUCUGUGAACAAUUUAACAGAAACACCUUCACAAACUCCAUCCUGCAAACAUGAUGCAAAAUCUUACUGUGAUUGUCAAAGUGAGGUAAAAUCCAGAGUUUCGGACAGUCUGAGACAAGUGAACCAUGGACAGAAACACAAGGAAAAUCAGUUUGUUCCUUCUCAUCUCCAGACUAAAGCACAAAGGCGUGAUGGGAAUCCUCCAAUAACCUUGGAUGCCGGGACACAAACAGAUGCUUUAUCUUACUGUGAUGUCUCAGUUCAGUGUUUGCUUAUUCAUCCCAGCAACUCUGUGUCUUUCCCCACUGUUGAUCACAAAACUAACGUCCUUACCACAAGGCGGCUGUCUUCUAAUUUUAAUCAGAUGCUCAAACCAACUACACUUAGUUCUCCAAAGGAUGGCCACAAAAGAACAGGAAAUAGGCCCUCAGAGGCAUCAGCAACAAACCAGCAGGCACAGAGACAUCCAGAAUCACAAACGGGCAUCUCCUUCCGCAAACUUCGUAGUCAGAAGAGCAUGAAA